CCCGUACGGCGCGGAUCCCAGACCAGUUUGUGUUGUCACACACCAGACCGUUGACGCCAUGUCUAAAUAAACAAACCGUUUCCAAGUCAGCGCCUUGACAUACCCACUUUAUCCGUCUUGGAGAGAGGCACGGCAGAGGCGUAACAUUUUUGAAAGGUUGUGUUCAGCAGAAAGCGGGCAUAAGUUAGGAAGAUUUAAAGGAGUAUAUCGCGGUUUUCUAGAAGGGAGGAUACAACAACAGAAAAGUACGGGUUCUCGAAGGAACCACUGGAGUAACUUACAUUGUGGCCAGCAAGCAGCAACUAAAAUCCGACCUCCGAUGCAAAGGCUCCAUGGCAUAAAUCCUGCGCUCACAUUCAGCCGGGCCCCGGGGAGAGCUGCCGAGGAUCCCAACGGCCUGACGCCCCGCUGCCAUUUUCCACAGCCUGAGGGGAACCGGGAAGCAGCCGACAGGAGCCAUGCCCGCUCUGGCCACCGGAGCCGGACCUGAGCCAGGUCUGUAUGAGCUGCUAGCGGCUCUGCCCUCCCAGCUGCAGCCCCAUGUCAGCCGCCCUGAGGACAACACCUUCCUCCAGGACAUGUUUGGGGAGAGAAGCCUCCACUCGCUGUUCAAGAUCCAUGAACAGCUGCAGCUCUACGAAGAGAGCAAACCAGUCCCCGUCCUGGACAGCGCUGCCGCUCUGGCCCAUGAACUGUCUGAAGAGCUGGAGGGGAAAUCAGCCAACGGGGAAAUCAAAGAGCUUCUCCAACUACUGGCCAAACCCCACGUGAAGAGCCUCCUGUCGGUCCACGACACUGUAGCCCAGAAGAGUUACGACCCCAUACUACCUCCGCUGCCUGAUGACAUCGACGACGACGAGGAUUCCGUGAAGAUCAUAAGACUGGUCAAAAACAAGGAACCCCUCGGGGCGACGAUAAGGCGUGACGAGCACACGGGAGCCAUCGUUGUGGCCCGCAUCAUGAGAGGAGGAGCAGCCGACAGAAGCGGGCUGAUUCACGAAGGGGAUGAACUGAAGGAGGUCAAUGGAAUCCCUGUGGACGAUAAGAAACCAGAGGAGAUCAUUCGCAUUCUGGCCCAGUCACAAGGAGCCAUUACCUUCAAAGUGAUCCCAAGCGUCAAGGAGGAGGAGCCAACCAAGGAGCCAAAGGUGUUUAUGAAGGCGCUCUUUGACUACGAACCCAAGGAGGACAAAGUCAUCCCAUGCAAGGAGGCCGGACUGGCCUUCAAGAGGGGUGCCAUCCUUCAGAUCAUGAGCCAGGACGAUGCCACCUGGUGGCAGGCCAAACACGAGGAAGAGGCCAAUCCCCGAGCCGGUCUGAUCCCGUCCAAGCAGUUCCAGGAGAGGAGAUUUUCAAUGCGGGGACCUGUUGCGACUCUCCCGCUCCAGAGGACCUCUAGCCGCCGAUCAGUCACAGUGGCUGCACCACAGGCAUAUUCCACAGACUGCGUCUCACUAGACGAUGUGGCUGUAGAGUUUGUCGAGGAGAUCGAAGAGGACGCUGACUAUAGCGGAUUCCAGCUAGCUGGAUUCAGGAGGAGCUUCCGUCUGAGCAGGAGGGACAAGAAGACCAACAAGUCCAUGUACGAGUGCAAGAAGAGCGAAAUAUAUGACAUGGCGGACGUGCCCACAUAUGAGGAGGUGACCCCGUACCGCAGGGCGAGCGGAGCCAAGCACAGACUGGUGGUCCUAGUGGGACCAUCAGGAGUCGGCCUGAAUGAGCUCAAGAGGAAACUGCUGAUCUCAGACCCCCAGCACUUCAGUGUGACCAUCCCACACACCAGUCGGACCAAGAAGAACCAGGAGAGCGACGGCGUGGAGUACCACUUCAUCUCCAAACAUCUAUUUGAGACAGAUAUCCACAAUAACAAGUUCAUCGAGUACGGCGAGUACAAAGGGAAUUAUUACGGCACGAGUCUGGACUCGGUGCGCUCCAUCCUCUCCAAGAACAAAGUUUGCCUACUGGAUGUCCAGCCUCAUAUUAUAAAGCUCCUGCGGACGGGGGAGUUUAAGCCCUUUGUCGUGUUGGUGAAGCCUCCUGCGAUCGAGAGGCUGAGGGAGAGCAGACAGAACGCCAAAAUUAUAUCGGGCAAGGACAACAAGGGAUCCGCCAAGCCGUUCACGGAGGAGGACUUCCAGGAGAUGGUGACCGCCGCCCAGACGCUGGAGGCCCAACACAGCCACCUGUUCGAGAAGGUCAUCGUCAACGAAGACCUCUUGACGGCCUUCGGCGAGCUGCGGGCGGCGCUGAGGAAAGUGGAGAUGGAGACACACUGGAUUCCGGUCAGCUGGACUCACUCCUGAGAAUCCACACGGACUGUGCGAGGAGAAAAGGGAGGGAUUUGAUGAAAAUAUGCACGUUUAAAACAAAUAUUUCUAUGUCUGCUGGUGUUUGGGGUAAAUAAGUGGGGGGGUAAGGGGAAUCAAACAAGACGCCACACCUGAGCUGCACGGACCUUUAAAAAAAAAAAAAAAGCUUUUGCGUGACACCGGGCUGGAUUUAGACCUCCGCUGUAGUCCGGAUGCGGACCUGCAGGUCUGACCAGAUGGGACCUGAGGGCCCGAGGCAGAGUGGCCGUCUGGGCCUUGGAUCGAUCUGGGUCUCAGAACGUGGGACGAGCCUGGACCAUUGCCGCACCAGUGGUCCUGCCAGCACAUCAGUAACCGCGCCAACCAGGACUCUUGUCUUUCGUGUGUUUUUAACAUUAGGCCAUUAGAAACCAAAGGGAUUGACGUAUUUCUUUCUUGUUGGACAACGUUCUUGCGUAUGUCUUUAGGAGAAUGGAAAAGGGAGAGAAGAGAACAUCUUUGCCUUCUGUAUUGUUGUGCUUCUAUAAUGCUCCUCGUGACUCCAGCACCAUCAGGUACACUCCCAAGAAAGGGCAGUAAGUGUAAUUUUAUUUAAGAGAAAUUAAUAUAUUUUAUAUGCAUAUCCUGACUCCUGAUCCCGACUGUAGCCACCCUUCUGACAGCUUCUCGUCUCGCCUUUCAGUCAAGUAUUUGGAGUUCUUUGCCCCGGUCUCGUGUAACAAAGCACACAGAGAAACAUUUUGAUUUUGGUGUUGAAUAUUCCAUUUCAGAGUAUUUUAAAAAGAAAGCCACCCCUUCAAACGAAGGUGCCCAACAUAACAGCUUUGCCAUUUAAUGUACCAGAACUGGACACGUUUUUUUUGCGGCCUGCGAGAAGAAAAUGUUCACAAUUGUGUUUUAUAAGGGCGGAGUCUUUAUUUUUAUUCACAUUUAAAAAAACUUUUUUAAAGGUUUCAGCAAGGCUGCUAAUAAAAGGUUCCAAGCACACAUCCAGGGGUUUAAAUGCAAAGUAGCUGCCCCGGACUUUAUGAGCAUUAGAAGUUUAUUGUUAUCUGGAGUCUCCUAUUCCCGAUCUGACUUAAACAUUUUAGUUUUUUAUUUCCUUUUGUUUGUUAUUUCUAACUGUUUUUUUUUUACAGCAGCCUGGCUGUAUUAUUAUUAUUUCUAUCAUUAAUAAUGUUGCAGCCCUGGUAGCUUCUCGUUUCUUGAAUAUUUUACACGUUAAAGAAAUAUUUUGCCACUUUACUGAUAGUGAGACGAGCAGCUCGAUACCACUGUCAAGCUCCGAGAUUACUGAUGGACCUCGAGCUCUUAAAACUGGGAACAGGGAAAACGAUCAGAACUAUGCAGCAUCUCUAUAAGUUGUGGUUUUUAUGAAGUUGUGGUUUUACUCUGAACAAUAUAUUUAUUAAUUUAUAAGCUUCAAAAGAGUUGGUACGCUUACCGUGGCUAGAGCCAGAGUGGUUGUCUCCCCAUGUGUUGUGUUUUUGCUAAGCUAAGCUAAUUAGCGUCUGAGUCUGGCUCUAUAAUUAACGUACAGCCGUGAGAGAGUGGUAUCGACGAUUUAACCAAUGGCAAAAAACAACAACUAAACAAUAAGCAUAUUGUCACAAUGUCAAACUAUUCCCCAAACUACGUAUUUUGACCAUCUGGCCUUCAUACUGUGCAAAUGCAUUUCCUCUCAUACACUAGCUGUAUGUCCAGCUCAGGUUAUAUCGCCCACAUUUCUUUGUUUGUUUAUUUUACGUUUUUCAUCCACUGUAAUAUUUAUAUAUUGGAUUUCUGUCAAUUUUUGAAAAGGGUAAUAAGAGUGUUCAGUAAUAAUAACAUAUUUUAAAGGGAUUUUAACACUCCUCACUUUGCCCAGAGUCUUUUAUGUGUCACAUUAUAUUACUCGUUCACCUGUUCAUAUCUCAAUCCUUCUGCCAUCUACAUCGAUCAGAAUCACAUUUGUACAGUCUCCAGAAAAAUAUUUUGAAUUUCCUGCUGUAAAUGAAAUGCUGUUGUAUGAAUUUCCAUUAUUCUUGAUAACUGCUACAUUUUAUAUUAAAGAGCAAACAACUAGA